AUGACUAAAGGUAACGGAGAAGAUCCAAAAUCUGGAAGUAGGAUGGAACGCAUUCAACAAGGAGUCCGGAAACGUACACUUUUGGCCAAAAAAAAAGUGCAGAGCAUAACAAAGGAUGAUGUUAAAAGUUAUUUAUUGAGGAAUGCCUUUGUGCUCUUCACUAUUGUUGCUGUGAUUCUUGGUGUAAUCCUUGGAUUUUCUCUCCGAUCAUACAAGAUGAGCUAUCGGGAAGUCAAGUACUUUUCCUUUCCAGGAGAACUACUCAUGAGAAUGCUGCAAAUGCUGGUCCUGCCACUGAUUGUAUCCAGUUUAGUCACAGGAAUUGCUGCCCUGGAUAGUAAAGCAUCAGGGAAGAUGGGAGUCCGAGCAGUAGUCUACUACAUGAGUACUACGAUCAUUGCUGUACUGAUUGGUAUAAUCAUUGUGGUCAUCAUCCACCCUGGGAAAGGUACUAAAGAAAACAUGCACAGAGAAGGCAAAAUUGUGCAAGUGACAGCAGCAGAUGCCUUUCUUGAUUUAAUCAGAAAUAUGUUCCCUCCAAAUCUGGUGGAAGCUUGCUUUAAACAGUUCAAAACUAACUAUGAAAAGAGAAUGUUUAAAGUAAAUAUUCCAUCCAAUGACACAUCCACAGUGGCUUCCAUAAUAAGCAAUGUGUCAGAAGCAAUGGAAACCCUCACCCGAAUGAAAGAGGAAAUAGUUCCUGUUCCAGGUUCUGUAAAUGGAGUGAAUGCACUUGGAUUGGUGGUUUUCUCAAUAAGCUUUGGCCUGGUGAUUGGAAGCAUGAAGGAGCAAGGUCAGGCAUUAAAAGACUUCUUUGAUAGCCUUAACGAAGCUAUCAUGAGAUUGGUAGCUCUAAUCAUGUGGUAUGCUCCGCUUGGAAUCCUCUUCUUGAUUGCCGGAAAAAUUGUUGAGAUGGAAGAUAUGGGUGUGAUUGGUGGUCAGCUUGCCAUGUAUACUGUAACGGUUAUCAUCGGUUUGCUAAUUCAUGCUGUCAUUGUCCUACCUCUUCUCUACUUCCUGAUCACUCGUAAAAACCCUUGGGUAUUUAUUGGAGGCCUAAUCCAGGCAUUAGUCACAGCUUUGGGAACGUCUUCCAGUUCUGCAACACUACCUGUUACAUUUAAGUGUCUAGAAGAAAUAAAUGGAGUGGACAAACGAGUUACAAGAUUUGUACUCCCAGUUGGUGCUACAAUUAAUAUGGACGGAACUGCUUUAUACGAGGCUUUGGCUGCAAUUUUCAUUGCACAGGUUAACAACUUUGAUCUGAACUUUGGGCAGAUUAUCACAAUCAGCAUCACAGCUACAGCUGCCAGUAUUGGGGCUGCAGGGAUUCCUCAAGCUGGACUGGUCACCAUGGUCAUUGUGCUUACAUCAGUAGGUUUGCCUACAGAUGAUAUCACUCUUAUCAUUGCAGUGGACUGGUUCCUGGAUCGUCUCCGUACCACUACCAAUGUCUUGGGAGACUCCAUCGGAGCUGGAAUUGUUGAACAUUUAUCACGGCACGAGCUAAAGAACAGGGAUGCUGAAAUGGGUAAUUCUGUGAUAGAGGAGAAUGAAAUGAAGAAACCGUACCAGCUGAUCUCACAAGAAAAUGAGAGUGAGAAACCAUUAGAUAGUGAAACCAAGAUGUAGGGUAAAGAAAGUACGAGUCUGACACUGCAAGUGUGGAAAACACACACUUUUUCCAGCCAUUUAUAUCUUGAAUUCACCAAGUUCACUUAUUCUUUAUUUUCUCCCUUUAUGCUAGCACUGGAAAGAAUUAAUGAAAAUAUAUUCCAAAUUAGCAGUGAUCAUGGUAAAUGUUGGCUUCCCACUUAAAAAAAAUUAACAGACAACAACACUGGUCCUGCUAGACAUGUGCUAACUGAGGAUAAAAAAAAGAGAGAUUGUCAAUUAAAUAAAAACAAAAAUCAGUGUACAUGUUACUCAGUCCUGUAAACUUUUUUUUUUUUUAUGAACUGGAAAGUAAAAACAGAUAAGAGAGCCCAAAAAUUGAUUAUUUUUUUUAAAUACCUGUUGCACAAUUCCUAACAUUAUAAACCCACAAUCAAUACUUCUAAUUUGGUAACUGCAUCC